GAUGGCCGCUGGCGCGGUGCUCGGCCUCUUCACGGCCUCCGCGGCCCCAGGGUCCCCCAUGGAGCCCGAGGCCCCGGAUUUCCGCAAGAGACCCCUCGAGACGCCCCGAGGUGGUCUGCAACAAGGUAGCAACACCGGAGGAAAGGUGAAGGAGAUGAGCUACGACCCGCAGGCCAAACUGCAACGGCUGCAGGAGUUCUGGAUCAGCCAGGCCAGUGCAGAGCAGCGCAAGGGCCGUGCGGGCCGCACGGGACCCGGCGUCUGCUACCGCCUCUAUGCCGAGUCCGACUACGACGCCUUCGCCCCCUACCCGGUCCCAGAAAUUCGGAGGGUGGCCCUGGAUGCACUUGUGCUGCAGAUGAAGAGCAUGAGUGUGGGGGACCCACGAACCUUCCCCUUCAUUGAGCCCCCCCCCCCCCCGCCUGCCAGCCUAGAAACUGCCAUCCUCUAUCUUCAAGACCAGGGGGCUCUGGACAGCUCAGAGCCCCUCAUCCCCAUUGGGUGCCUGCUUGCCUAGCUGCCUGUGGACGUGGUGAUUGGUGAGGACCACCCCUGGGUGAUCACAUGAGGAGUAAAAUGGACAAGUCCAUUCCUGAGGGGAACAGCAGGGUCGGGAACGUGUCAAGUGGCCUCAGGGCCUCGCUGAGACAGGGCACUUGAGCAAGGCAAGGGAGAGUAGAGACCGCGCUUCCUCUGGCCCAGGGUCACUGAGGACUUUGGCCUGGACAAGGGCCUGGAGUGUUGAGGGGAGCUGCGCUUUGCAUGACUGAAGGUGGUCUGCAGGACUGAUGGGCCACGGGCUGGUGGAGCCGUGUCACUGUGCUGCAAGUUCAGGUCCCCAGUGGUCAGAAGCAGGUGGUGUGACCAGUAAGGGGCAUUUAUUGUGAGACUGGGCCCGUCCACUUUUUGGCCUACGUUCUGUUAUCCUUGGUCCUGUGGCACACUGUCUUCAGGUCGUUUCUAUACCGCAGACACCACACCUUGUCUGCAGCAAGGGGCCUGGUCCCCACCCUCCUGUGAACUCCCCAGUACUUGCUGUGUUUCAGGGGUCUCCUGGGGAGGGUCAAGCCAGUGGGUCUUGGGCUUCCCCCACUCUGCACAGUUGUCCCUGUGCUGCCCUGGUGACCCUGUUCUGUGGUCACGCGGAUGUCACAAGUGGGCUUAUCUUCCUCUUGCUCACCCCUGAGUCACCCUUUCACUGACUGUGCUGACUCCACGUUCUGUUUCCACACAGCCUGCAGCCCACAUGGUUUCCCUCAGCAGGGCCACCUGCCUUGCCACGGCCAGGCCUGUCACUAGGAAGUGUUCCUGCUUUCACGUCCCUGGGCCUCAGUGCAGCUGAGGGGGAGGCUGCGUACUGUAGUGUCCGAGGCCGCCCGGGGCUAGGCAGGUGGUUAGUUUUGUUGGUUUGGAAGGAGUGGGGGCAUUCCAGGAUGAAGGGCAAGAAUAUUUUUGGGGCAGGGGCUGAAGAGAUGGCUUAGCAAAGGCACUUGCCCGCAAAGCCUGAUGACUUGUGUUUGAUUCCCCAGUGGCCAUGUAAAUCCAGAUGCACAAAGUAACACGUGCACUGCAUCUGGUGUUUGUUUGCAGUGGCUGGAGGCCCUGGCGUGCCCAUUCUGUCUUCUCUCUUUUCUCUGCUAAAUAAAAGUCUAAAGAGAAUAUUCUGGGGGCACUUGCUGUGCUGUGCCAGUGACAGUCUUGCUGGGCUCACCUCAUUUCUUCCCUGCCUACUGUGGGCAGUCUUCUGAUCCACAUGUGGACAGACAAAGAUGGUGCUUGGCUGUGGAGUCCAUGUGUACCCCAAGAUAUGGAGCCAGGGAGCAGUAGAGCCUGGCUUUAGUGGGCGGGAUAUGGAGUGCUUCACAUGCAUCAUCUCCCAGGAUGGGAGUCGGGAAACCAGGCUCCGAGAUGGACCACUUAGGGCCUGGCAGCGGAGCAGGAGGCCCGAGGCCGAGAUGGUCCGUGUCCUUGUCAGGGCCUCACACUCCCUGCCUUCCACACUCCCUUCUUUCUCCUCUUUUCCUUCCUUUCCUCUGUCUCUUUGUCUUCAACUAAGUAAAGGCCACAGAAAAUUCAUCCUGCCGUAAGCACCGAUCAGUGCCUCCUGCGUGCCAAGGCAGUCGGGGGUGGGGGGGCAGGAGAGCCAUGCACUGUGGAGGGCCCAAAGGAAAUCAAGCCAGGGAGGCUGGGAGGUGGUGCGGAAACCUUUGUGAAUACAAGUGUGGUUGACAGUGGUUACUAGCCCUAAACAGAGCCAUGUGCCUUAGUUGGGGAAGUUGAGGCCCUGGCCUGAGGCCACAUGGCCAGAUAGCCCAGCACGUGGUGUGAGUGUGGCGGUGUGGCUCUCAGGGUCCUUUGUGGAUGUGAUGCAGGUCAGGGCAGGGCCGGGAGGUCGGGAAGAUGCUGAUCCUGGGCUCUGUGGUCAGUUUGGCCGAGCCUGUGCUCACCAUGGUGGCCUGUUUACAGGAAGCUCCAGUGCUUUGUGUGGCCCAGCAGCAUUGGGGGUGAAGUCACAGGAUUCCUGGGGUAGUCGUGGCCUUGUUGCAGAUCAGCACACUGAGGCUCAGGGGAGAUGGCCACUGGGCCAGUGUCCCCCGUGAAAUCCCGUGCAUGUGCUGACCACACUCAGGGUCCGCAGCUUCUUGAGCUGUGAUCCCGACUGUGAUGGACUCAGUGCUUACACACGUGCACGUACACGCUUGUGCACACCCACAGCCUGUUCUGUCGUUCUGUGAAUACUAGUGACUAAGGUGUUUCCGGCAUGGAGGGCAGGAGGACUUAGGUCUUUCCACGUGGGUCCCUCUGCCCCACCUCAUGAUCUGGACUGGGACAGGUCUGGGUUGGUAGGACUUGGCUCUCCCCCACCCCCCACCGCCACUCUUAACUGAGAUACCUCCAUGGUAAGGACAGGGGAGGGCCAGAGUGUGGGUUCACUGUGAGGAUGGUGCCGCUGAGGCUGGGUAAGGCUCAGGAAGCCCUGAGGGGGGCCUGGCUGACAUCACUGAUGCAGGCCUGGCGCAGUUGCUGAUGGCGAGGCCAGAAGAGAUGCUUUCACGUGGAAAACACAAACCCCAGAAAGUAAAGCCACGAUCUCCUUAGAGCUCAGGAUGAAGGUCAGGGCCGGGCGCAGGCGCAUGAGGAACAGGCAGUCUUAACACUGAGCUAAUCCCAGCACAGGACUGCAGAGAGCUUCCCACUAAUGGAGUCUUCUAACACGUUCACCAAGGCUCAGGGAACACUGUAGAAGACGGGGUGGUGGUGGAAAGAUUGUGAGGACCACAGGGGGAGGAGUCUCCUGUGGCAUG